AUGUUAGCAUUUUUUGCUUUGCAAAUACCUGAUGCUCGUGCAGAGAAUUCUUUUGGUUGUGACAAGAGUUGGAGUGGACCUAGUGAAUCUAAUGAUAUCGCAAAAUGUGUAAGAGAUUUCACUAGCGUCUCCAGUCAUGCAGAAUAUUACUCAGUCGCUAUCAUCCUUAUCAUAUUUACUAUUAUUGUUAUUGUUGCUGUGCCCAUUGCUUUCAUUUUCAAUACCCUUUGCUGCGAGGACUACUGCUUCAGUUUCACACGCACGACAAAUUUGGCCAGAUCACGCUGCUGGUUGUGGAUGUUCAUCAACCUUAACCUUUUUUGGUCAGUCUUUUCAUCCAUCUUAAUCAUAUAUGGUGUCGCCUUACUUUCCAACAGCAUUAAUCAGAGCACUGAUUACAUCCGUGGGGAUGCCAUUUCUUACUUUGUUAAGACCAAAAAUAAAAUUUACGAGCUCCUCAUUGACUACACCAAAAAUCCACCUGUACCGGGACCUUUUGAUCUUUCCGGGUUUGACACAAUGAGUAACACGCUUAAAUCUAAGGUGGAUGAUAUCCACGAUAAUUACUUUGUAUACUUUUCUGUUGCUCGUACUGCCUCCAUCGUGAUAGGCCUUGUUGGGAUUCUGCUCAUGAUCAGCUGUUUUGUUAUUGCUUACUGUCGCUUCAAUACCGUGGGCGCGUUCAGCUUUGGUAUUCUUUACUACAUUUUUGCCAUUAUAUACUCAGUUAUGGCAGUUUUACUUGCAAUUAUCACGUGCAUCAUGUACUCGUUUUGUGGGGAGGUCACUUUACAGAACCGACGUGAGCCCGGUAUCUUCCAGUGGUAUUUUGUACCCUGGUGCGAGACGCAGUUUUCCUUCGCUAAAGCUCGUGAUGCGAUUUCCGACUCAACGGCAGGGAUCUCCGAAAGCACCUGCGAUGAAAUUUUGAAGCGGUGCAGCACUACAGAUGACGACGACUUUCAGAAACCAUUCAUCUGUGGUAAGGGCAUAAGUACAAAAGAAGAGUGUAAGAACAUCGAAUUCGCCCUCAGUGUGCUUUAUGAUACACAUGCCAAGACCAAAUUUUCCGAUAUGAUUUGCGUGAAUAACAGUAACUGGAAAUAUCAAGAGGUGUGCAACAUUCCCAUGUGUGAGAAAUCCUGCAUUAACUAUAAUCAACCCGAUCUUAGGCUGAAGGACUGGGCAAAUGACGUCAUGGAACUGAUUCAGUUUUCGAUUAACCGAACGACGGCCCUUUCUUACGUGCUGCCCAUCAUGGAUUGCAACUUUGUUAUUGAUAAGUUUAUUUCCACCUACCAAACGGAUAAGGGGUCCAGUAAAUCUUCUUCCGGGUAUGGCGCCUAUUGUUCGAGCAUGCGCAUUGCUUGCCUUAUGCUAACCAUCGGUUUCUUGGUUGGAUCUAUUAUGUUCGUGGUCAGCAUCUACGUCACGCAGCACGGAAUUUGGAUGUGGAACGACGAUGCGGAGGUUGAGGAUAUCAAAGAGGCAGAAGCGAUGAGCAAGUACGCCAAGAGCAUUUGUUCGGUGGAUCAAAGAAGCCAAAACAUGUCAAGAAUGCGUUCGUUCACAGGUGAACUAAGGCCCCAGGGAUCUAGCGGAGGUAUUCUUGCUAACUCCAUGAGGACCAUGAGUUUCAAUCAGAUGCCACAACCCGCCUAUAAUCAGUCUUAA